AGCACCGCGGAGGAGGAGCAGCCGGGCAGCAGGUCGGAGGAUCCGGGCGGCGCUGGUGGAUGUAGCGCUCCUUCUUUUCCCCCUUUUUUUUUUUUCUUGGUUGUUGUUGUUUUUGUUUUUUCCGUAGAGGAGGGAGGAGGAGGAGGCUGAUCUUUUUUUGUUUUCUCGCGGAAUGUGCGGCUCCUCCUCAGCUGCACCUCCAACUUUGUGAGUCCGAGCUCUGAUGCUGAGCGGCGCCGCAGAGGAUGGGAGUAAGCUGGUCCUCCAGAUGCCUGGCUCUGCUCCUCGCCCUCCACAUAGUCUCUGUGUUGCAGACGGUGCUGGUCAGUGCUGGUCAAUGUGACUCGGUGUUCAAAGGUUUCUCAAACUGUCUGAUUCAGUUGGGGGACGACAUGGCCAACUAUCCCCAGGACCUGGACGACAGGGAGAACCUGCACAAGAUCUGCACCUACUGGGAUAACUUCCACUCCUGUGCCACGACGGCGCUGGCCGACUGCCAGGAGGGAGCGACGGACCUCUGGGACAAACUGAAAAAGGAGUCCCGCAACCUGAAUUUCCGUGGGAGUUUGUUUGAACUGUGCGGCGGCGGCAACGGAGCCCCCAGAUCCGCCGACGCCAGGGGCCUGGUCCUGGUCCUAACCACACUGCCCACCAUACUGACUUGGCUGGCGUUUUAACGGGAACGAGGAAAAACAUAGAAACACGAAGCGACGAGGAGCUAUAAAAAAAUAAAAUAAGAAAAUAAAAAAAGUGGGGGAAAAAAAAAAUCCAAGCGAAAAAAAUAAAAUAGCAAAAGAGUGAUAGCUGCUCUUCGAUACUGAAUUCAUCACGAGAUAAAAAAAAAACAACAACAAAAAAACACCCAAAAUGGAUUUGUACUGCGACAUCACCGGACGGCGGCCCGGUUCGCCUUCCUGGGACUCUGCUGGCCGUCCUCCCGGAGCGCUCAUCCAAUCACCUGCCCCAGAGGUCGAUGACAUGAAAUAUUCAAGACGCCGUCGAGCCGAAAUGAUGACAACGAUGAAAAUUUGAUGGAUUCUUGCCCGCUUACAAUCGUGGAAUUACACAGUAUUAAAGUCAACCAUGAAUUAUUGAUGUUCGUAGGCUAGGCCUGGACAGCACUAUGUGACUGCAGGGUGCUGGCACAGUAUCAGGCUAUAUAUUAGGGUUCCCAUAUAGCCGGAGGUACGUAUUCAUGUGUAACGCCGGGCCGAGCUUCACGCCACAAAAUCAAUAAGACAAGCUGAGGCCUGGAGCCCGUUUCAGACCCGUCGCCUCAUCGCCACCACGGACAGUUUUUCCUUUUUUAUGACGCCAAGUUGACUCGGUUGAGUGCGGUAGACUCGAUGGACUGAAUGCCUGAUUGUGAUGUAAUAUUUGUACUUGUAUUGGCUAUUUAUUGUGCUCAGGCCACGGUCACACCAGCUCCUUCAUCCAUGGAUUGGUCACAACUGGCAGCAAAGCCGGUUUUUGCGAAACGCCCGCCUGCGAAGGUCGGCGUCGAGGAAGCGGUUCUGGCCUUCGACCCGUGCAGCAUGGCUUGCAGUCAGUCGUGAGUCUUAAAUUUCUAGUGUUUUGUUUCUUGAGCUGGCCAGUUUGCUACCACGUUAUGAAAUCAACGCCACGUGACGAAAUCUCGCUGCGUCAGCUUCUGGUGUGACCGUAGCCUUCUUUCCCCACCAAACGUUGAGGUGCAGGGAUGUAGUUGAGUAUCAAGCCUGCUUUUCUAGACUGACGUUAACCUGCAUGAAAUCAGUUCAGAGAGUCUCAAACGUUUCAGGAAAUGGGCACCGACGCCGAUGUGUUGGCGCUGGUCGGAUUCAAGCUCGUUCGAGGCUAGCUAAACAAACUGUGGCUAAUUUUAAUCCCAAAUUUUGUCCGAAAUCGAGCAAAUGAUGCCUAAUUGAGUCACAAAUCUCCUGUCGUACCUAGCUAGCUGGGUCUUAGUUUAUAAUUAGUAUAGCUGUUAAUCUGAUUGACCCUGAUUCGCCUAAAAGUCAUGAUGGCUAAACAUGAACAGUUUAGCAGUGAAAGCAGAUCAGUGACGUCAAAGGCCUAGUUUGGCAAACGAUGAAUGUGUUAACAGUCUAGAGGCUAAACGAGACAAUGCUUACGUUGGCAGCUAAUAACUGCUUGGUUAGCGAUUAAAAACAGGUUACCAUGUUAGCUAACAGUACGGUAAAGCCAGUAAACUGAAACCAGGUUAGCUCAUAGCUAGCUAAUAAUUUGAAAUUGAAUUGAAUUAAACAAGGCUGAAUCAACUCAGCGAACAGUUUAGCUCAGCAACUAAAAAUAGAUGAGGUUUAACCCAAAUGACUGUCUAGCAACAAAGAGGUUAAUGGGUUAGUUAACGGUUUAGAGCCUAACAAAGUUUGUGUUUGUAGCUAAAACACACCGGAGCACAUUAGCUAACUGUUUGGUUGGGCAGUUAAACAGAUUAAUAAGUCACCCGGGCUACUUUUGAACAGCUUAGCAUCUAAAUUUAACAAUUUAACAAGCAGCUAAAGUAGAAUGAGCUUGUAUAGCUAACAAGUUAGCAGUUAACAGUGUAUUUUAAAGUCUAAUUUAGACAGUGUUUGUGUUGGCAGGUAACUGGGAUUGUGUCAGGUUAGCGAGCCAUGCGGUUAGCGGCUAAAACACAUUAGGUCAGGUGAGCAAACACGUAAGGAAGCAACUAAAAUACAGAUACAGCGCAACAGGUAAACUGAGUGUGGCUAGCUCAGUUAAAUUGGGUUGAAUCAAGUUAGCCAGCAGUUCAGUUAAGCAGCUAAGACACUGAUAAGUUGACUAUUGGCUGCAAAGCAUGAGAUAGCUUAGCUUACACUUUUGUUGGGAUUAGAUCAAGGCCGGUUAGUUAACGGUUUGGUUUAGAGGCUAAAACAGAGAAUGUGGUGUUGUGCCAAGUUAGGUAACCAUCUGGUUAGCUGUUUUAAAUGUAUUAGCUCAGGUUGGCCAACAGUUUGGUUAGCAGCUAAAAUGUAUUAGGCUGGGCUAGCUAACUUUUUAGCUAGCAGCUAAAAUGUAUUAAGUCAUGUUAGCUAACUUUUUGGGUAGCAGCUAAAAUGUUUUAAGUCAUGCUAGCCAACAAUUUGGUUAGCAGCUACAACAUAUGGGAAGCAGUUAAAUAAGGUCUGGCUAGCUAACUUUUUAGCUAGCAGCUAAAAUGUAUUAAGUCAUGCUAGCCAACAAUUUGGUUAGCAGCCGAAACUAAUUAAGUCAUGCUAGCCAACAGUUUGGUUAGCAGCUAAAAUAAAUUAAGUCAUGUUAGCUAACUUUUUGGGUAGCAGCUACAACAUAUUGGAAGCAGUUAAAUAAGGUCUGGCUAGCUAACACAUUGGCAGCCAAACCAGAUUUAAACCCUUUUAUUCAUCUCGGACUGUGAUUUGAUCCUAAAAAAUUCUAAUUAAGCAGAACAUUUGUUGAGAUUACAGCCAGAUUUUCAGCUCGGAGUCUUUCAUGAAGUGAACUUUCAGUCUUUUCGUGCUUGAGUCAGCAUUUGUCUUCAGACGUUGUGCCCAUUUCCUGAAACCCCGACGAGAACAAGUUAAAAUUCAGAGUAAAACUGAUGGAAACUCUUUAAGUACCUUUUGGAUGUGAAAGUAGCAGAACAUUAAAAUGACCUUUAGUUGAUGUUGGCGGUGAACUCGCACCGUCCUCCUGUCAUAACCAUGUGUUAGAAUGAGUCUGUGCGCUAAACGGUUACCGAGAGACGCCGACAGCAAUACGAAGAUGUGACUUCAUGGCCAGUGUAGCUAAAGAAAAAAAAAAAACUAAGAAAAGAAAAAAAACCCAACCGUGGCUGAAGAGUGAUAUGACUGUUGCCAUCCAGCACAUCCCCCCUUCUCAUAGCAGUGAGUCAUGCUAGACGAGCUUAGGUGAUAAACUUUAGGUCUGUAUGUUAGAAUAAAAAGCCCAACGAUACAGUAGCAUCAUAAAAACACGGUAAAUAAAUCCAGAGAGGUGGUUUCUUUCUUUGCCGAGGCACCGACCAUGUUUCCACUGCCUUCUGACAAAAAGACGUGUACUUCUGUUUGUUCGUUUGUUGGUUUGUCUCUUUGUUUGUUUAUGGGGAUGUUGCGUAACAACAACAACAAAAAAAAAACAAAAAACAAAAACAUGGACUUAUUCCAGAAAUCAUUUAACAAGAGAAUAUGUAUAUGAAGAGGACUUUGAGAAAAUAAAAAUAAAAAGAGGCUCUAUUAUAGACACAGUUUUAACACCAGAUCGAUUCUACUGAGAUAUAAAACAAUAAAAGAUUGCUAACAUGACAAAGAGUAAUAAAUAAUAAAAAGACUAAUGUUUGAAACGAA